AACCAUCCCCGUGGAUCUUAUCUGAUCGAGACCAAGAGAACUCGGAUCUCGUCUCGUACACCCACACCUGACACAUUGGGCUCUGGAUCCACAGUACUUGAGCAUGGAGCGGCCGCAGUCCUCAUCAUCAGCCUCGGCGCUCGGCGCUCCAGGACGUCGCCGCAACGGACGACUGCAAGCUUGUGAGCCCUGUCGCAAGCGCAAGGUCUCCUGCGACCAUUUGUUCCCUGCUUGUCGUCGAUGUAGGGCUCGCAAUAAUCCCGGUGGCUGCGUUUAUCUCGGCGUUGAGGAGCCCAACCGAAAGUCAGCCCAGGCCCGUCCAAGGGGCACGGUCAGACCCGCCAGUACACGGCCAUCCCCCGGAUCUAACAGUUCCCCAAGUAUCCACGUACUGUCGGACUCGCCCGAUUCGAGAAACCAUGCGUCGGAGACUGGUCCAGGCUACCUCGGCUUCACCAGCUUUUCUGCCGUUUACCAAGAGACACAGAACAGCCUGUCCCUCGUCAAAGGCCCUUUUGUGGGAAUAUCCUCAGCCCUAACGACUAGCCCACCGGUUUCAACAACCCACAAUGGCGACACAGGCACCACCACGAUCGUCCUGUCUCCGCGAUCACUCGAGACCAGCCUGCUUGUGCUGAACCGUUUACCCGCCGAAGAUGAAGCUCUCGCACUAUUCGAGAAGCACACCAACCCCAACGAUGGAUGGAUGCGUCUUGCUGCCAAGCGUGUCCUCGAGUCUCUGCUCUCGGUGUUCGGCCGCACCCUGAGAUCACGCAAGCCCAAGGAUCUCGAGGAGAUGGCCCACCUACUGUCCUCAAACUCCGCAAAACCACUGCCCGAGGACGAACUCGACUCGGAGGCGUGGAUCUCGUCAUUCUCCGGCCCCAACCUCCGAUGGGAGUGCCUGGGUAUACUCUUCACCUACUGGGCCCUUGGCGCACUCGCAGACCACCCUCACCGCCCAGAAAUGCUCCGGAACCCGAAUCAGCGACACGCGCCGAUGGCGGCGAUACACAAGGAAACUGCAGAUAUCUGCGCACAGCUGUGCAAAGGAUGCCCGCCGAACAGCUUGCUGCUUUACUCCCUGUACAAGGCCGCCAUCCUGGAGUCGAUGAUCACGGGGGACGCGGCCCCGUCCUUUUGGAGGCUCCACGGAGAGAACAUCGCGUUGGUGACAUACCUCGGCCUCCACGCUUUACAAGACGACAAGACGCCUUAUGUACCGACAGCUGCACAAGAGGUCAAAAGGCGGCUCUUUUCGCAACUCUUUGUUAUUGACAAGGUGGCGGCGUCUUUUAGUGGGCGGCCGCCGCUGCUGAGCAGGAAGUACAUGCUGACGCCACUGCCGCUCGACCUGAGUGACGAGGUCCUGAUGUCUGACCCCGAGACCAUAGCACAGGCGGUGGAAGAGCUUGAUGAAGACGGGUGGAACCGCAAGGGUGAACGUAACGCGGCGACAAUUGUCCGGGCGAGGCGGAAGCUUGCGCGGGUCAAGGACGAGGUGAUGGAAGUGGCCCUGGGGGAUCCUGCAUACACUUCCAUCGAUGCAUUACUGGCGUUGAAGGAGCACCAGUAUGAAGCCUUUGCAGGAAUACCAGACUCCCUCAAGUACUCACCUGACAUGGUGAGAGACCCGAGCAUUCCGGCUCCGGAUAUCUACAUCAAGAUCCUUGUGUGGCUGGAACAUCUGCAGAAUCUAUUCUUCAUCACGCGCCUGCUGGUACAAUGGGGACACGACAGCAACGCCGAACUGCUGAAUGUCAGCUUUGAGAUGGUGUCUGUGACGCUGGUGUUUUGGACGCAUAUGGACCGGCUUGCUGGACUGCAUGGAGACUUUGAGUGGCUUGUAAUGGCAUUCGCAGCUCCCUCAGGCGGUGUCCUUUGCAACGAGCUUUUAAAACCAUCACUGCAGCAUAGGCCGGUGCCAGGUGUCACCCGCUCCGGCAUCAUUCAACAGCUGAGCCUUCUGAGUGGUUUCCUGGACUGGGUUAGCCCGUCCGCGCCGAACGGCGACCUCUGCAGUUCCUGUAAGGCUGUCAUUCAGCACGUCCUCGACUACGCCCUCAAUGCGCCGCCCGCGGAACCGUCGAGUGCGGCCCCUGAGAACGCUUUCGAUUUCAAUCUUGACCUUUCUUCCGAUAUUGACGCCAUCAACGGAUAUUUCAAUUUUGACCUGUUGAACACGUUCCACUUCGAGGCGCCUGGCUUUAUGGGAUCCUCGCAAGAGCUUGAGACUUGACGCAGCACCAUCACCCUUCGAGGAAAGAGAAAUCAAUGAAGUCUAUAUGACACUCCGAAACAAACAGAUCACCACUUAUUAGUAUAUUAUAUAACCCAACUUAAAUACCCAAUUUUACUCCUCUUUUAAAUAUAUCUAGAAAUAUUUAUAAUAUCUUUUAAUA